GACGCGACGCGUCAGUCACGCGAGCGUCGCGUGAAUAUCGAAGGGGAAAUAGUGAAGGAGAGCAAAGCACCGGGAACUCUCGGGUCCUGCGAGGGAAACCUCGCGCCGGGACGCUUCUCGAUCCGCGUAGGAAUGAGACCGGUGACGAGACGUCGAGCAAGAUGGCGGAUCGAGACCGCGUGACCGCCCUGUCGUACCUGUUGUUUUGCUUUGCACGCUGACCGUUUAUCCGCCGUGUAGUCACACGUGCCGCGCGCGGGAGAUUCUCGCGAGUGUGCGACGCCGCGAAUUCCGCGUGAAUGCGGAAGGAAAGUGGACUCCGUUUCCUCCGCGCGGGAAAGCGAGAUCUCGAAGAGGAACGCGCGACAUAACCUGUCUUUCGUUUUGACAGGUUCUUGACUUCGUCGUCGAUGAGCUCAUCGUCGAUGAGCAGCUGAGUUAUCGUCGUUUCGCUGCUCAACAUUCGUUCGUCCACGUCCAAGCAUGACGGCCCCCGAAGCGAUACAGGUCAGCUCCCUGCCGUUGCCGCCCGUCCAGUACAUCAGCUUGUACACGGAUGAGAAUGUCAGGCGUGGACGGGCCCCGCGGCCGCCACCGCCGAUGCACGACAACUACUCCAUGUUCGGCAACGUGUUCAACGCCGACGACACGAUUAUCAGACCGCUCGAGGCCCAGGGCAUCAAGAGACUGUAUCCGCAGCAUUUCGAUCGCCGGCGCGAGUUGAAGAAGCUCAAUCACUCGCUGCUCGUCAACUUCCUGGAUCUGAUAGACCUGCUCGUUCAGUGCCCCGAUAGCCCAAGACGCGCGGAGAAAGUUGAGGAUCUUAGUCUGUUAUUCAUUCACAUUCAUCAUCUGUUAAAUGAAUUUCGACCUCACCAAGCCAGAGAAACGUUGCGAGUUAUGAUGGAACUGCAGCGUAGGCAACGUCACGAAACAGCGCUGCGUUUUCAGAAACACCUCGAAAAGGUUCAAGAGAUACUGCAGCAUGCCUUACAGAUGCUUCCCGAUACCUCGGAACUGGACUCCAAACUUGCGAUAAACACAGAUGCUAUGGAAUCUAUAGAUAACUUGGGCUUCGAACAACAAACGCAGGAUCCUUGUAGUCCAAGCGAUCGUAUUAUGUGCAAAGUGAUAGACGAUAUGCUCUCCUCGAAUGGACUGUUCUGAAGUAUCGCUCUCUAAUCUCGAGUGUGCGAAUUAAUUUGUCGAUGAAUAUUCUUAAGUAAUUGCAUAUGUAAAUCAUGAUAGUGAAUAAUGAUAAAAUGUGAUGUUUUUUAAUUGUUAUUAAUUAUUUAUAUUAUUAAUAAAAUGACAAGAUAAAAAAAAAUCCAUUAGAUGAAAGACUACUGCUGGUAAUGUUGUGUCUAGAACACACUUUAUCAUUCAUCUAAAAAUAGUAUUCUCCAAAUAGAAAGAUUCUAAUUGUUUUAAAA